AUGUACCUCCUACUUACGCUGAGCAGGGCUUCGCUCAACAAACUGGCCAUUCGGGGCAUCCGUUCCUUCGACGACAAGCAUGUCCAGGUCAUUGAAUUCUACUCCCCUCUUACCGUCAUAGUCGGGCACAAUGGUAGUGGAAAGACCACUAUCAUUGAAUGCCUCAAAUAUGCGACGACCGGGGACAUGCCGCCCAAUACCAAGGGUGGUGCUUUUGUCCAUGAUCCCAAGAUGGCGGGUGAGAAAGAAGUCAAAGCGCAAGUCCGUCUUCGUUUCUGGAACGCCAAGCGUGAACGUAUGACUGCUACCCGAAACCUCCAAGUGACCACCAAAAAGACCGGUGCGCUGACUAUGAAGACCCUGGAGGGUAUAUUGGCGAAGAAUGAUGUUGGAGAUGGAGAUGGGAAGAAAAAUACAAUCUCGACCCGAUGUUCCGAGAUGGAUGAAGAAGUCCCAUACCUGAUGGGCGUCUCCAAAGCCAUCCUUGAAAACGUCAUCUUCUGCCACCAAGAGGAGUCCAACUGGCCCCUUUCCGAACCAGCAGCUCUCAAGAAGAAGUUUGACGACAUAUUCGAAGCGACAAAGUACACAAAGGCGCUGGAUAAUAUCAAGACGCUCAGGAAGGAAAGGACGCAGGAGCUCAAGGUCGAUAGGGAGAGACUAAAGUUCUUGGAGGUGGACAAAAAGAAGGCUGAGCGAAUGCGCAAAGAGUUGGCCGACUCCAAGAGAGCCGAAGUGGACAAAGCUGACGAGCUCGAACGGCUCAAAGAAGACUACGAGCGCAUCAAAGUCCGAAAUGCCAACUUUUACGAGGAGGCUACCCAGUUCAGGCAGAUCUACGAAGCAUCUAAAGCGCUCAAGGAGAAGAAGAGAAUGUACGAGGAGAAUCAGAGGGCCACGGAGGACAACAUGCAGCCCAUGGAUGAAUCAACUGAGGAGCUUAUACAGAUGCUUGACAACUUUAAAUCCCACCUCGAUGAGCUUCAGGACGCCAAGUUGAGAAAUGAGGACGAGAAAGAUAGGGUGGAGACAGAGAUUGAAGAGAUGCGCGCAAAGGAGAGAAACUGUGCUAGCAAACAAGGCGGGUUUCAAGCUCAGCGGCAGGCGUACGAAAGCAAUCUCAGAGAGCGCGAGGCCGUCAUUCGCCAUGUCGCCAGGAAUCAUGGUCUGACGGGGUACAACAACUCUCCCUUGGAAGACUGGAAAGUGGACGAGUUUGUCGAUAAGAUUUCAGAGAUGGUACGAGGCGCCGAGCAUGAUCUGAAAAUGAUGCAGGCAGACCAUGGGAAGAAAGAGUUGAAAUUACAAGAAGAGCUGGAUCAGCUGUCUACCACCAAGGCGGCUGCUACGGCUACGAAGAAGAGUAAACAGGACCAGAUCUACAAGCUCAAAGACAAAGUCCGCACAAGCCGCACUACUUAUGACUCGGUCUCCAACUCUGUCGAACUCAAUAUACAACAAUCCAAACUCUCCGAACAACAAGCUACUCUCGAACGUCUCCAGACUGAGAUUGCGAACGCCAAAUUUGAUGAUCGUCUGCGCGAUAUUCAGCGGACGGUGAAGAACAAGGAAAUCGAGAGGGAAAGUAUCAGUGGGGAGCUAGCAGUACUGAAUAGAAAGGCGGAUUCGAGAGCGAAGCUCGAUUUGCAAAGUCGAGAGUACAGGGGAAAGGAGGAGCAGGUCAAGCAGCAGAUGCAGUUGCAUGAGGCGUCGUUCAACAAUUUGAUUGGCUCAGAUAUCAAUACUAUCAGCCCUGAGAAGAUCGAGGCCACAGUCAUCAGCGUUAUGGACCGAAAGGAACGAGACUUGUCCAAAGCCGACCUUGAACUUUCAAACUUGAAAAACGAACGUGCCCAGGCCACAUCAACUUACAACCACGCUGAAGCCGAUUUCCACGCCAGGGAAGCUGAUCUCAAAAGACUCAUACAGGAGGUAGACGAUGCGAUGGUCAACAACAAUGGCCUUCUCAAGCUGGAAGAAGAGCCGGUGUACAAUGAUGUAGUGUCAAAAGUUCGCCAAAAGCUCAUUGAAUCCUCAAACCGAGUGAUGGACCUUGCAGGAGUGGACAAGUUCUGGGAUCAACUGUUGUCGACCGUCAAGUCUGAGAAGAGGUGCGAUGCUUGCGAUAGAGAUAUCGAGCCCAGUGAUCUCAAGCAUGUGACUUCGCACAUGACGAAACGCCUCCGAGCCCUGCAAGGAGCCGACCGUGACUCCCUUGAGAAUGCCCAACAGACAGAAGACGAGUGGAAAGACUACCUCGACCGUCUUUUGCGAGUCGAGCCAAAUGACAAGAGAGCGGAAGACCUCGAUAGUAACAUCAUUCCCGACCUCCAAGGGCAGAUGUCAGCUAUCCAAGAGAAGCUCAACAAAAUCAGUGUCCAGAUCGAAGAGGUACAGGACAAAGUUCAAGGGAUCAAAAGAGAAAUCAAAGAGUUACAGAGCCUCAAGUCGGCGGGGAUGGUCAUCAACAGACUGCACAAUGAGGCACUGGAGCUUCAGGACGCUGUAGGGAGGCUGAAGAGAGAGUUGGAGAGCUCGGGAUCGAUGAAGACUGUCGAUGAGGUUCAGAAAGAGAUUGACGCGAUCAGCUACGAAAUCAAACAACUCUCUGCCGAACAGCAAGGUCUUUUCCGCGAAAAGGAGGACAAAGUGGAGAGACGACGAGAAGUGCAAGACGACAUCUCCAGAGCCAAUGUGCGAAUCGGCGAGCUCAAGAGUAAAGAAGAAAAAAGAAAGAUGGAAGCAGAGGCCCUGAAGGACAUGCAGGAAAACCUUGUUGUCUUGCAGCAAGAGCUUGAAGACCUUGACAGAACCGUGGAGGCGGCAGAGGCACCCUGGAAAGAGAAGAAUGAUGCUUUGACUCGAUUCAGGAUAGAGCGCUCAAGCAAGGAGAAGGACGCAAGUUCUGAUAUCACAGUCUUCCGAACCAGCGCCGGGGAGAUAGAAGGCAAACAUAAAGCAUGUCAAGACUAUCUGUCGCAGGACAAUGACACAAAGAUGCAAGAGAACGAGGCCACCAUGACCGACAUCAGACGUCGAAUCGCUUCCGCCAAUGAGAAGCGUGUCUCCCUGGAAACUUUGAUUCAGAAUGUACACGAGAACCUCUCCAAAUCCGAAACCUUGCGAUCCAACAUCAACAAUAACCUGCGCUUUAGAGAAGGGACCAAGAGGAUUGAUACUGUGCAAGAAGAGCUGGAUGGACUGGAUUUGGCGAGUGCUGCUAAAAGCCGAGAGACGUUCAAUAAGGAGUAUAGGCCGAUGCUCGAUGAGGAGACGAAUGUCCAGGGCAGGAUGUCUCUCUCUCAAGGUCAGUUGAUGGAGAUGGCGGGCAACCGAAAGAAGUUGGAAAAAACACUCCAGAUGGACUACAAGAGUAUCGAUAAAGAGUUCAAAGAGCAGAUGAUCAAGACGGAGGUCAGUGAGCAAGCCAACCGCGAUCUUGAGAAGUAUGGAAAGGCUCUCGACAAUGCUAUCUUGAAAUACCACUCGAUCAAGAUGGACGAGAUCAACGAUACUAUCAGCCACCUCUGGAGCAAGACCUAUCAAGGUCCUGACAUUGACAGUAUCCGAAUUGUUUCUGACCAUGACGAAGCAUCGACGUCUGCCCGAAAGUCAUACAACUAUCGGGUCGUCAUGGUCAAGAACGAGGUUGAGCUGGAUAUGCGAGGUCGGUGCUCGGCUGGUCAGAAGGUGCUGGCUAGUAUCAUCAUCAGGCUUGCACUGGCGGAGAGUUUCGGGCAAGGGUGUGGUGUCUUGGCGCUGGAUGAGCCGACUACUAAUCUGGACCAAGAGAAUAUCAACUCUUUGGCUUCAGCACUCGCCGAGAUCAUUCGUGAACGUCGUCAGCAAGCCAACUUCCAGCUCAUCGUCAUCACCCACGACGAAAACUUCCUCCAGACUCUUGCGCAGCAGGAUGUGGUGGAAUACUACUGGCGAGUAUCCAGGGAUGCGGCGCAGAAGAGCAUCUUGGAGAGGCAGAGAGUUGGUAUUUGA